AUGAGUUUCCUCAAUCUAAACCUUUCAGAAAACGAUUUCACUUCAUCUUCGUCUCCGUCUUUGUCCCCUCAAAGCAACGCUAAACGCGUUUUCCCAUGCAGCUACUGCCAAAGAAAAUUCUACAGCUCACAAGCACUUGGAGGCCACCAAAAUGCCCAUAAAUUUGAACGAAAGUUAGCAAAGAAGAAUCGUGUACUGAAUGCAACUGUUAGACCUCAUUCAGGGUACAUGAGUCAGCCCACAUCAAAGUCUGCUGGUUCUACUGGCCCAGCAGUCAUGAUGGAUCAAGAACAUGUUGGAAGGUUCAGUGCUAAUGAUUUUGGAAAUGGGCUGGAUUAUACUUAUAAGGGUAAGAAUGUUCAUGAAGAAGACUCUAGCCAGCUUGAUUUGACUCUUAGGCUUUGA